CUAAAUAUUCUUGUUAUUUUGUCACAUUUCAUAGAUAUUUAAUCGAUCUUGUUUAUUAUUUAUUUCUUUAUUUCCCACAAUAAAUCUGCAUUAAUAAUUUAUGAUGAGUGUCAGAUUAGUCAGUAUUAUUGGCAAGCAUCUGAGUUCAGAUUCUUGAAGGAGGGAUGUGUUUGUUAAUAAGGUUUAUUCACGAUGUAUCUAAUGUGUAUGCAAUGUAGUGCAAGAAUGGAGGGAACUGUUUUCACUGCCUCUCUGCAAGGAAUUCAACAUGUGAGGUCUCAAGAUGGAAAAAUUCUAACCAAGCCUUUCUUGGACUUAUGCAAAACCAUAUUGCCCGUUUUAGAUAAUUUUGGAUCAGCCAUGUCAAUUGUAAAAUCUGAUAUUGGUGGUAACAUAUCGAGAUUGGAGAAUAAGUAUUCUUCAAACCCAUCAGAAUUCACUCUCUUAUACAGUGUAGUGCGGUCGGAGAUUGAUGCUAAAACAGCAAAAGGAUCAUCCAGCUGCACAAAUGGUCUACUUUGGUUAACAAGGGCCAUGGACUUCUUGGUGGAACUAUUUCGUAACUUAUUGGCUCAUCCAGAUUGGAGCAUGACACAAGUUUGCACUGAUUCAUACAACAAGACCCUGAAGAAAUGGCAUAACUGGCUAGCUAGUUCAAGUUUUUCAGUUGCCUUGAAGCUGGCUCCAGAUAGGAAGAAAUUUAUGGAUGUAAUUAGUGGCAAAGGUGAUCUUAAUUCUGACAUGGAAAAGUUCUGCACUAAUUUCUCACCUUUUCUGGAAGAGAAUCACAAGUUCUUGGCUAGUGUAGGACUAGACGAUAUGAAAGCUUGAUGAGCUGCUGCUGCUGCUGCUGCAGAUUAAAUCAAUAUUUCUGGACUGCCUUUCUAUAUUUCAUUUCUUUUAUUUAUUUGUUGGAAUUGGAUUGUAGAAAAGCUUAAUGAGUUGCUGCUACUCAUAUUCAAUCUUCUUUCUAAAUCCAGUAAAUCAUGUUGAUGAAAA